AGAUGAAUAAAAUUAAUGUUUGAUUUAAUUAUCAUUCGAAUAAUCCGAAUGAAUUGCUAGGUCGAAUAAUUAUUAGUCAGAUUAGUAAAGUCGCGCAUAGAUAGUUGGCAACAUUUUUAUUUUCUUUUCAUUGUCAAGCAAAAUGGCGGAUCAGACAGAGAAAGCGUUUCAGAAACAGGCGACCGUGUUCCUCAACCGCAAAGGCGGCCUCAAGAGGAAGGACAUGCGACAUCAUAAGAAUGUCGGUCUAGGUUUCAAGACGCCGCGUGAGGCGAUCGAAGGCACGUACAUCGACAAGAAGUGCCCGUUCACCGGCAACGUGUCGAUCCGUGGCCGAAUCCUCACCGGCGUGGUGCAGAAGAUGAAGAUGCAGAGGACGAUCGUAAUCAGACGUGACUACCUCCACUACCUGCCCAAGUAUAAUAGAUUCGAGAAACGCCACAGGAACAUGUCUGUACAUUUGUCGCCUUGCUUCAGAGACGUGGAGCUAGGAGACAUAGUGACCAUCGGUGAAUGUCGGCCACUAUCUAAAACUGUACGAUUCAAUGUACUGAAAGUUUCCAAGGGUAAAGGCUCAAAGAAGUCCUUUAAAAAAUUCUAAUGUAAUAAAUAUACUUUAUAAGUAAAACAAA